AUGGAACCAAGAAUUAGGGUUCCAUUCCCCCCUUUCAAUCUCCUUCACCUCCUUGUAAUUUCCACUCUUUUCAUCACAAAAUCAACCUCAAUUCCACACCAAAUCUCCCAACUUUCCUACUCCAAAUACUGCAACGACGUCGUUGAAGAACACCAAUCAACCGAAACCCAAUAUUCUAACAACAAUUUUCUCCGGCUAGAUAAAGCAGUAUACAGCUUAGGGUUUCAAAACCCCCAAUUCAAUUUCAACCCAAUUUCAUCUCAAAUCGCAUCGUUUACAACCCUAAAAGCCUACCACACGAAUUCGAAUAAUACUAUUAAGAUUAAUGCGGUUCUUAACCUAAUUGGACCGGACAUUGUUAGUUAUUUUUCCGGCGAUGUUCAUCGCCGGAAUCUCCGGCUUGUUAAGGUCCGGCCACCGCGGUUUGAGCCACGUAGGCACGCCGGAGCUGAGUUCCGGCUGUUAGGGUUUUGGGAUAUGUAUACAGGGAAUAUAUGUAUGGUGGGUUCAGGAUCUGUAAGUUUAUUACGUUCUGUGAAUGUUGUUUUUAAGUUUAAUUAUCCGAAUUCGUCUGUUCUUGAUACUAGUUUGAUUAAUGGUACUUUGGAGAGUAUGAUGCCUGCUGGAAGUGGCGCUUAUUUUAAACCGGUGUCGGUUUUGGGUGUUUCGGGUAUGGGGUAUAAUUUUAGUUACAUUGGUAAAGAGAUUGAAAGUGGUGGUUUUGAUGUUUAUGAUGAUGGUAUGGAAAAUGUUUCGCUUGGUUUGUCCGGUGUGCGGGGUGGGAUAUGUUCGAUUAUAACGUGGGGUCUUAGGUUCGAGUUGGAUUAUGAUAAGUAUCAUUGUGAGGAUGCGUCGUGUAGUUUUGGAAUGGUGGGUGAUGAGAUUUUGCCGCGGUUUAUGUCGAUAAAGGUUGUUGAUUGUUUGGAGGAUGGGAAAGUGAGGUACGUUUUGCAGUUUUCGAACGAGAGUUAUGGUAAAGGUUUGUCGUUUUAUCCGCUUACUAGUUUGGUUGCGGAAGGGGAGUGGGAUGAGAAGAAGAAACGCGUUGUGUUGGUUGCGUGCCAGCUGUUUGAUAAAAGGGCUCUUAGAGGGUGUUCGAUUAGGUUAGCGUUUAGUUUUCCUUCGAGUUUAAGUUUAAAGCGUAGAAGUAGUAUUGUUGGGAAGAUGUGGAGUACAGAGACGAAGAAUCUUGGUAAUGUUUCGUUUUAUAGUUCAGCAAACGUGAACUCGAGAAUCAAAGGAACUUCUUACGAGUAUUUAGAACAUGAAAAGGUUCAAAACUUUUGCAGCGAAAAUCUCGAUAGUAAAGGGAAAAAAGGAACCUACCCUGAUGAGAAAUCACCAAACUUGAGAUUCGACAUGAUGGUUAGAAACAAGAAAGGUCAAAUGGCGUACGGUUAUGCAUCUCCAUUGUACAUACGUGAUAGAUUUUAUACGCCUUUUGAAAAUCAGUGGAACCAUAGUUCAACAAACGGUUACAUCAAUGUUAGUUACGUGAUUAGCUUCAAGACCCGUGACGAAUUUGAGUUUGGAGGUAAAAUUCCUGGAUCAAAAAUGGUUGAAAUUUCCGCAGAAGGUGUGUAUAAUACCAGAAAUGGUGUUCUAUGUAUGAUAGGUUGUAAGCAUAUGUCAUAUGAGAAAUUUCAGAAGAAAAGAUCAUUAGACUGUGAACUCGUGAUCAACAUUAACUUCUCGCCAUUGAACUCAAAAGACCCGGGAAUGAUUCACGGGAAUAUUAAAAGCACCCGUGAGAAAGCUGACCCGCUUUACUUUGAGCCUAUCGAGUUCGGUUCUAGCUCAGUAACCACAACUCAAGCAAGAGAAUCGAUAUGGAGGAUGGAUCUAGAGAUAACCAUGGUUCUAAUCUCCAACACACUCGCUUGCAUUUUCAUCGGGUUGCAGUUGUUUCACGUUAAAAGGAAUCCCGACAUGCUUCCGUUUAUAUCCGUCGUCAUGUUGGUUGUUCUCACUUUAGCUCAUAUGAUCCCAUUACUGCUCAACUUUGAAGCCGUUUUUAUGUCAAACCGAAAACAAAACGUGUUUCUUGGUACUGAUCAAUGGCUAGAAGUUAACGAGGUUUUGGUUCGGGUCAUUACAAUGGUUGCCUUCCUUCUACAGUUUCGUUUACUGCAGCUUACUUGGUCUUCAAGAAACAAUCACGAGAGCCGUAAAAACCUCUGGGUAUCCGAUAAAAAAGUCUUAUAUAUAUCAUGUCCGCUAUACGUUGCAAUUGGUCUCGUUGCUUGGUUUGCACACUUGCUACAAAAUUCUCACUCGAAAACACGUUUUCAUAUAGCAUCCGACAACACAACUUUUUGGGGUGCACUCAAAUCUUACACAGGGUUAGUUCUUGAUGCAUUCUUGAUACCACAAAUUAUGUUCAGUUUGUUUUAUGACACACACGGUACGGUUCUUGCUCCUUCGUUUUACAUCGGGUCGACAUUGGUUCGUUUGUUGCCUCAUGUGUAUGAUCUUUAUAGAGCGCAUAGUUCUUCCUGGUUUUACGACAAGAUAUACGCGAAUCCUGGGAUGGAUUACUAUUCAACUAUGUGGGAUGUUGUUAUAUGUUGCGGCGGGAUACUUUGUGUUCUUGUGAUUUACGUGCAACAACGAUUUACGGGUCGAUCCUUAUUGCCAAAGCGGUUUAGAGACGACGUAUUGUACCAGAAAGUACCUGUUAUUACUCGAGAACAGGAAAUUUUUUAA